ACCUAAAACCUAAAAAAUUUAGCAUCACCUAUUAAAAAUUUUGUCAGGUUACAAAAAAUUCGUGUCAUCAAGAGUGGUUUGGAGUUUGAUAAUGACUGAAAAAAAAUUUUGACAUAAAGAACUGAACUGACUUAGGAGUUCGGAAGUUUUCGGAUCAGAACGUUGCAGAAAAUGAGUUAUGAAAAAAGGCGGAGCUUCUGAAACCUCAAAUCUUGUUGCCUCAAAUGUUGUUACGGUGCUACAAGUAUACAAUGUUAUCAAAUAGAAAACUGCCGAUGCCGAUACAAUAUCGAAUCCAAUAAUAAUUCCAUAAUAACCGAUAUGUACUCGACUCGAUUGCAGCUGUUGUCAGCCACAACCCACAACAGCCAAAGAAGACAAUAAUCAAUAAUUUUAAUAGCUGUCAUCGUGUUUUUAUUUUGACUUGAACCGGAUUGAACUUUUAAUAUAAAGGAUGGGUCGUAAGAGGAAACUAAAACAUUGCCUGCCAAAGAACACGCAAGAUGAGGUCCGAGACCUGAAAUAUAUUCGCUUGGCUUCAUCAGCUAAAGCAAAAACUUCCAAUACGACUGCCACAUUAUUGGAUGGAGCCCCAGGAAUGAGCACAAGCGAGGGACGAGUCAUUUCUCACAACACUUUGGAUGUUUUUUUAGCCUCGUUGAUUGUCAAAGCAAACUUACCAUUCGAUGUUGUAGAGCAUGACUUAUUCCGAGAAUUUAUGUUAUACAUGGUCCCCUCCUAUCAUGUUCCCCAUCGAACAGCUGUAUCCCACAAAGCAAAAUAUAAUGCCAAAUUAUCGAACAUUAAUUUUUAAUUAAUUAUCAGUCAUUAAUGAUUAAAAAUUAAUGUCACAUUAAUUUAUAAUUAAUUGGUAAUCAAUUAAUGACUACAAUUAAUUUAACAUUGUUGGAUAAUUAAUGUGUACAUUAAUCUGAACUGUUGAAAAUUUUCCACAGAUAAUAAUUUUUUAUCAUUAAUUCAUAAAUAGUUAUUAAUUAAUUAAUCAAAUUAUUUAUGUUAAUUAAUUGAAAAUUACUUAUUUCAAUUGAUGAUACAUUGAUUAAUAAUUAAUGAUGUCAUGAAUCAGAAUCGAAGAAAAUUUCCAAAGCAAAUAAUUUUUUUAAAUAUUAAAUAAAUAGUUAUAAAAUAAUGAUGCACAUUGUUUAUUUAAAAUAAUUAAUAAUUAAUUACCACAAUUAAUUUGACAUUGUUAAAUAAUUGAUGCGUUCAUUAAUCAAAAUUGAAUAAAAAUUUUGAAAGUUAAUAAUUUUUGUCAAUAGUUAUCAAUUAAUGCAUUAAUUAAUUUAAAAUUUUUAGGUUAACUAAUGAAAAAUUAUUGACCCUUAGUAAUGAUAUAUUGAUUAAUAAUUAAUUAGUUCAUUAAUCAAAAUUGAAGAAAAUUUUCUAAGUUCAUAAUUUUAUUUCAUUAUUUGGUAAAUAGUUAUUAAUUAAUUACUCUAAUUAUAUAUAUUAAUUAAUUUAUAAUCAAUGACAAAUUAAUUGGUGAUAAUUAGACAAAUUUCAGUGCGCGUGAUCAGAAUGGGUGGGGGAAAGCCGCUAUUUUCAAAAUCGACAAAGUGACUGUUGACAACGGUUGGGUCGCUCAUACAACUGCCGAUUUUCGUCCAAUUUCGGGCCGAUGCAAGUGCCGCGCGGGGGUUAUGGGCCCUUUCGCGGACGCUUAAGGUCACCACACGCCUUCCUCAACGUUUGCCCUCGCAGGAAAUGAAGGUUUGACGCUGGAUCUCGACAUUUUCGCAGCCGCGCCGUGAGUUUUGGCAAAAAAUUUGGGCCGCGAUGUGAUCGAGUCCCCGUUUGUGCUUCUCGCCGCGCUGAAGCCGCGUGUUGGAAGGAAAAGUAAAAGAUUUGAUAGAGCAGCGCGCCGCAUCGAGACGGAUUUUGCCACAUUUGAUUGCCAGAUCCCACCCUGCACCUGCCCUGUGAGGAGAUGAAUCUCUUUCGCCCUCGCAAAUCUCUCGAGAGACAAUUAAAAAGAGCGGUCAUGCCAGCGCAGCUGACAAUCGGAUGACUUCGACUUCCCGUCACGCUGCCGAAUGACUUUUGGAAAAGAAUAUUUUUUUUUAUAUUUUUUAGGUGGUCUGAUUAAAAGUAAAAUCGAGGAAUGAAGCCUAACCGUCUGCAGUUAAAAAGAAUUUUGUAGCUUCCUAAAUUUCUGCCGACAUAAUAAAAAGACUCCGCCAAUCCUUAUUGUGGACACAAAAAUUGGAGGUUUUUGUACAAAUGGCCUGCCUAUUAUUUGAGAUGCAAGACGGUUUCCAGGGACAAUUUCGUCCAAUGAAUGAAACCCGACGCAGUUGUUCAGCGUAAAGAACGUGAUAAUUAUAAAAUUUUGUGGCAAUAAUUAUUGUUUUUUUGUAAAUAAAUUUAAUAGUCUUAUAAAACAAUUAUUAUCUUUCUACUUAUUUCAAUUUCAGACAUUUUGGAUCUAUGGAUUUGUCUGCAAACUUGUGAGUAUCUUACAAAAUUUGUUUCGGAUGUCAUGAAUUGUUGUGAAUUUUUAAUUUCAACUUAAAUAAAUUAUAAAAAGUUUAUAAUUAAAUAAAAUAAUUAAAGACAAGGAGAUACGGAAAAUUAAUAAUAAUUCAUUUAGUUCCCACAUUUUAACUAUUGAGUUUUACGGAGCAUUUAGUAUUUAAUUUUUUAGUGUUUUCAAUUGUAUAAAAAAAGUUGUCACAACAGUAAAUGCAACCAAAAUAUUGUAAGAUAUACCAAUUUUACAGUCAAAUUUUAAUUAACAAAAAAUUAAUUAUGAAAUGAUUUAUUAAUUAAUUAAAAAAUUAUUUAAACAUUAAUGACUAAUUAAUUAAAAAUUAAUUAUACACUAAUUAUGAAACAUUAGUAGCUAUUUUGAGCAAACCAGUAUUAAUUUAAACAAUAAUUUUGAAAUGAUGCGUAAUUAAUGUUGCUCAUUAAUGAUUUCAUUAAUGCCACACUGUAAAAAAAGCGUCACACAAAAUUAAUGAAAAAUUAAUGGAGUGCAUUAAUGCAUCAACAUAUUUAAUUAAUGAAAAAUUAAUUUUUAAUUAAAUUUUGCUUUGUGGGAUGUAAAUGCUAUUAUUUCAUAAAUUAUUUGUAAAGUAUGUUUAAUAAUUCCUAUAUUUAAAGAUCACAUCAAAAAUUGAGCACGUCUACGAAAAAGGAAAAGAAUUUGUAAGUGAACUGACGGACGGGAAAAGGUUAGGACUGACAAUGGACCUUGCAACUCUGACAAACUCAACCCGCAAUUUCUUAAUUGUUACAAUGAAGUGCCUAGAUAAAUUUGAUGCUCUGACAUCAGUUACUUUGGGCGCAAUUCACACUGAAAAUAGAGGCACUGCAGAAAAUAUAAAGGAAAUUGUUACUGGCUGUUUCCAAGCCAACAAUAUCUCAGAAUCUCAGAUAGUGGCAAUCACAACAGAUGGGGGCAGCAAUUUAAUUAAAGCUGCUGAUUUAAUGGACAAAGACCACAUUCCUUGCUUUUGCCAUGUUUGUGAUAAUAUUGUUUCAUCAGCCUAUUCACAAUGCCGAGUGUUGAAUGUGCUUGUUGAUGAUGUGAAAGGAGUGGUUACGUACUUUAAGCGAAGUUCCUUAGCCAUGAACAUUUUGAGGAAGAAGCAGAGAGAAGCAACUGGCAAAAGCCUAGAACUCAUUCAGGCUGUAAAAACGAGGUGGAAUAGCACAUAUGCUUGCAUAAAGAGGUUUUCACAGCUCUACCCUUAUGUCUCAAGCGCAUUAAAAGACCCACAAAUAAAAAAAGUAAAAAGAGAUGGGUCAACAGAAGCACCAAAGAUCACAGACGACACAGUUGAAAUCUUAAAACAAUGUCUUCCCUUACUCCAACCCUUUGAUGUUAUCACCAGAAAACUCUCCAGUUCAGAGAAAGUCACCAGCAGCACUGCGUUAUUUUCAGUCGAAUACCUAGAGACAACUUUAAAGAACUCUAAUCCUACUAACUCGGUGGCAAAAGAGCUGAAAGAACGAUUGAUUGAGCAAAUGCAGCAGCGUUUUGAAGCAGUGAAGAAUAAUCAAGUUUUGCAAGCAGCUUCAUUUAUUGAUUCAAGAUUCCGAAACCUCUUGUCGGAAAAAGCUAAGGAAAGCACUCGGAGUUAUCUUUUAAGGCAGAUGAAAGAAAUAAGUUUGCCAGAGGAAGCUGACGAAGAAAACCAUACCACUGCUGAAAGAGAUGAAAAUUUAUUUGUAUUUAGAGUUGACGACUUUUUUGAUAUUGGAGAGGAUCAGGAAGCUUCGGUUCAGAUCAAUGUCAGCCCCGAAUUGGAGUUAGAGAAGUACGAAUGCGAGAAUGCCACAAAGUGGGACUUCAAUGAUGAUCCGCUGAAAUUUUGGAUUAAAAAUAGAGCAUUGUAUCCAAGACUUGCUCGUGUUUCCUUAGGACUGUUAACUGUCCCAGGCUCUGCUGUGGACAGUGAAAGAGGAGUAUCUCAGCUUAAUUUGGUCGCUCGUAAGCAUAGAAGCAAAUUGUCAAGUCUUAACAUCAACCGCCUAGUUUGUCUUCGAAGUCUUCCGAUCUGUUUUUGGGAAAGGUUGUUAAAUCUUCGAGGUCAUGAUUAAAUCAGAACUUGUUCAUUUUACCAUAAUUUGAUUUCAAUAAAUACUCUUAUUAC